AUGGCGACAAACGGCUACUACACGCCGGGAGACCCUCCGUGCAUCCUCUAUGUCGGCCACCACGAGUCCCACAGAUCAGGUCCAGUAACGAGCCAGCUACUCGGAACAGCUCAGCAGGCAGGAUAUGAGCUACUGACAGCGCCAAUCACCACACCACACUUCCAGAGCAGAGUACUGGCCAAGCUUGCAGAACACGUGAAGCACCUCGAGCAUUGUCAUCUACCAGGAGCUGUCCCGCUGCCAAGCAUUGCACCACUUCUACCAGAGGACUCGGACUUGACCCCCGAGGAGAGCAACAGCGCUUUGAUCGGAGUCAUCAGCCCGUGGAUAGAUCUCGGAUCAUCUGAUCCACUUAUCGCUCACAUCAGCAAGCAAGUAUUCAGCAUUGAAGUUGCAUAUGCAGCCUUUAGUGGCGUGAGCAAUGUGCUUGUCCAUGGCCCGAUCCAAGGCUCGGACGCUGUCCAAUAUGCGCGAUGCAUGCUCGAAGGUCUAGGUCUUGGCCCAUACAUUCAGUUGCAGAUCUUGCUUCCAAUCAGUGGCGAGUUGGAACUGGAGGGAAGCGAAGGUGCACAUCUGUCAGAACUUGCUAGGCCACAAUAUGUCGAGGAACCAGCCGAGGAUGAAGACCAGGAUCCAGAUCUGUUCAGCAGUUGGGAGACGUGGAACGCUAUCCGGAACAUCUGCAGCUACAGCACCAAGCUCACAGUAGCACUGGAGCUUCCGCGUCAACUCCCGCCAAUGAACAUACAGUCGAGGUGGUUCUCUGAGCCUGUACGCCAGCUUGUUUACCCUCGUACGAGCUUUAUUCGCAACGGCAAAGGCUUUCCAGUCCUGUCGAAAGACCACCAAGAGCUUCUCACCCGGUUCAUUCGCCUGAGGUUCCCGCCAUGGAUCCUCUUGGCCGACGUCGACCCUGUUGAACAUCUUGAGCAAGACACGUCUGCUGGAGCAGCAUCAGAGCCGACACCUGCAGAAGCUGCAUCCAAGGCUGCAGUGGAGGCUAUCAGUCCCGUCGCACACCUUCAAUACAUCCGACACCUGCAGCAGACACAGCCAUCACGGCCACCCAUCGAGCGUUUCGGCCAAGGGUACCAAGACUACAUUCAGUCACCGCUCCAGCCUUUGACGGACAAUUUGGAGUCCAUCACAUAUGAGGUGUUCGAGAAGGACCCCGUCAAGUACGAGUGGUACGAGAGAGCCGUCGCUGCGGCCCUUAAGGAUCUACGUGCUAAGCUUGGUGAACACAAAGAGAUUGUGGUCGCUGUCGUUGGAGCAGGACGAGGGCCACUGGUAACACGAUCACUUCGCGCCAGCAAGUCUACUGGCAUCCCAAUCACCAUGUGUGCUGUCGAGAAGAACCCCAACGCACACGUUCUGAUUCAGCGACGCAAUGCCACAGACCCGCUGUGGAACAACAAAGUGUUGAUUUACAAGUCAGACAUGCGUACCUGGCCAGGACCCACCGUCAAUGGUCAAGUCAAGCAAGUCGACAUCCUGGUAUCCGAGCUACUGGGCUCUUUCGCGGACAACGAGCUAUCUCCAGAGUGUCUUGACGGCGUGCAACAUGUCUUGCACCCAGACCACGGCAUCAACAUCCCACAAAGCUACAGCGCUCACUUCACACCCAUCGCCAGUCAAAGACUGUACAGCGAUCUCCUCGGCAGAUCCGGCGACGACAAGUGGGAGCUGCCAGCAGUCGUCAUGCUUCACCAGUACGACGACCUUUGCAUCCAAACCACAGCAAACGGCACUCGCAUCCCCGACGUAAAAGAGGCAUGGUCUUUCUCGCACCCCAUCCCCGCUUCCAUCGUCACCCAAGCCUUCAUCCGCUCCGGCGGCGUAACAGACCACGGCGGCUGGACCGGCGGCGACGGCAAAAACGAGCACAACGCCCGCUCCUGCAAAGUCUCCUUCAAAUCCCAGGACCGCGGCACCUGCCACGGCCUAGCAGGCUACUUCGAAAGCGUCCUCUACGCCCCAGCGGACGGCAGCAAGAAGGUCGAACUGAGCAUCAACCCAGUAACGAUGGAGGAGAAGUGUAAAGACAUGAUUAGCUGGUUCCCGAUCUUUUUCCCGCUCAAGACGCCGUUGACGGUGCCGGAUGAGGCGGAGAUCGAGGUGAGUAUGUGGCGCAUGACGGAUGAUCGGAAGGUGUGGUAUGAGUGGUUUGUGGAGGUGUUUCAGAGGAUUGGUGGGAAGAGGAUGAGGUUGGCGGCGUCGGAGUUGCAUUCGUCGAGGAAGAAUGGGUGUUUGAUGUGA